AUGAAUGAAUUGCUUUCCACUGAUGGACAAGAACUCAUCACCACUUAUGAUGAAGUCUUUGAAACUUUUGAUCAUAUGGGAUUGCAAGAAAAUCUCCUGAGAGGCAUAUAUGCUUAUGGUUUUGAGAAGCCUUCUGCAAUCCAGCAAAGGGGAAUUGUUCCUUUCUGCAAAGGUCUUGAUGUGAUUCAGCAGGCUCAGUCUGGAACUGGAAAGACUGCAACCUUUUGUUCUGGAAUUUUGCAGCAGCUUGAUUAUGGUUUGGUUCAGUGCCAGGCUUUGGUUUUGGCACCAACAAGGGAACUUGCACAGCAGAUUGAGAAGGUUAUGAGAGCUCUUGGUGAUUACCUUGGUGUUAAAGUUCAUGCUUGUGUUGGUGGCACUAGCGUUCGUGAGGAUCAGCGUAUUCUACAAACUGGUGUCCAUACUGUUGUUGGCACUCCUGGACGUGUGUUUGACAUGCUGCGAAGACAGUCUCUUCGGUCCGACAGCAUUAAAAUGUUUGUUUUGGAUGAGGCUGAUGAGAUGCUUUCUCGUGGUUUCAAGGACCAGAUCUAUGAUAUCUUCCAGCUGCUGCCACCUAAAAUUCAGGUUGGAGUGUUCUCUGCUACAAUGCCACCAGAGGCCUUGGAGAUCACAAGGAAGUUCAUGAAUAAGCCAGUGAGAAUUCUGGUAAAGCGUGAUGAAUUGACCCUUGAGGGUAUUAAGCAGUUUUAUGUGAAUGUUGACAAGGAAGAAUGGAAACUAGAGACAUUAUGUGACCUUUAUGAGACUCUGGCUAUCACUCAGAGUGUCAUUUUUGUCAACACAAGGCGCAAGGUGGACUGGCUCACUGACAAGAUGCGAGGCAGGGACCAUACAGUCUCAGCCACCCAUGGAGACAUGGACCAAAACACUCGUGAUAUCAUCAUGCGUGAAUUCCGCUCUGGUUCUUCCAGAGUUCUCAUUACCACCGACCUUUUGGCUCGUGGUAUUGAUGUUCAGCAAGUGUCUUUGGUGAUAAACUAUGAUCUUCCUACCCAACCUGAAAACUAUCUCCAUCGCAUUGGGCGAAGUGGGCGUUUCGGAAGAAAAGGUGUUGCUAUAAACUUUGUCACUGUGGAUGAUGCAAGAAUGAUGUCUGAUAUUCAGAAGUUUUACAAUGUCACCGUAGAGGAAUUGCCUUCAAAUGUUGCCGAUCUUCUCUGA